AUGGUUGUUGGACCAUUUAACUAUGUGACUCCCCCAGAAGUCCAUAAUGGACUGGUUUUGGAAGUAUAUGAACUUCCAGUUAUUGGAAAACACUUGAUACAUGAAGCUUCAAGACACAUUUCUCCAAGAGGAACCGAGGAGUACGUCCUCAACCGAGAAUCGACAUGGCUGGCCUUAGAGACGAAGAACACACAACGAAAUUCCGUCAGCGUGCAUCUGAGAAACGCUUCCGAUUCUAAAGCCGAGGAAGAAGUUUGCCUCCGCAUCUGCGAUUUCUGCCAAUUUCAACCAAGAAAGCCUCUGAGAAGGAAGUUACGUCGUCAACUACAACAAGACCGUGAAGACGAAUGGAAAUCAGGAGUGAAAAAGUUUGAAAAAGCGUGGGAGGAGAAGAACCCUCAGAAAGCCUAUCCUUCACGGAAACAGUAUAGCGGCAAGAUCAAAAGGUGUUCUCCAGCGCUCAAAACUGACAAUGAACCCGCUAUCGAUGAAACAACCCUACCAAUGUGCAUGAACCAUUUUAACGUCUUUCUGAACCAGCAACUUGACCACGUCCACGGCCAACGUCCGCGGCCAACGAGGAACUACUGA